CUCCAGGCGGAUAAUCUACUGCAUCAGCUGCAGGAGAAUUUGCAAGCUCUGACCGAAAAGAUAACGCUGAGAAUGGAAGAAAUGGGCGAGCGUAUUGAUGAUCUUGAGAAGCAUGUUGCUGACCUGAUGACAGAGGCUGGGAUAGAAAACACGGAUGGAGAGUUGAGAGAAAGAUUUUGUUUGAAACUUGUAGGAACAAAUGCAGAAAUGGAAGCAUUACCAGUGGAUAUAGAAGACCAAGAUACUAUGCAAGGAAAUCCUAACAGAAGUGAUAAGCCUUUAUCUUCAACACUCUGA